AUGACUUCGACUCUAAAACGCAAGUCAUCGUUCGAGGAGGCUUCGGCCGCCUUCCGCGAACAUCUUCCCGAUAUCUCCACCCCGCGCUUCACGACCGCAGCGAAGCAAGACGUCUACGAAUACGCGAAGUUCUUUCAAGACAACCGCGCACCACCGUGGUUGCACGACCUCACGCAGGCAUGGGCAAAAUUGUAUGAGGAACCUUUCAAGGGCGUUACAAGCGAUGGCACUGUGAAGGAGGGCUUGUUCGAGGCGAAGGAUGAGGGUGUGGACAUCGAAAACAUAGUGAAGAAAGCGGACGACUUGUUAAGCAAGUUGGAUGAGCAGCAAAGCAAGAAGUUAAAGUAUCCUGUCAAUGCGAAAGAAUGGAGAGCGUGGUCGAACCCAGAGAUACUUCUGAGGCCGUUCGGACUGAGACUUGAGGAAGUACCCGAACCGCUAAAUGAUGCCAUCCACAAAGUCAUUGAAGCCUCUCUGUCCAAGGAAGGCUAUCAGAAAGCUCUCGCCUCAAUGCGGAUAAAUCACUUCUUAGGGGAAUGUGUCAAAUUACCGCAGAUCAUGAACAAAGACUCGUACAACUUCCUCCUUUUCGGUACCCCAUCCACAUCUACAUCGUCACCUUGGGGUUGGCUCCUCUACGGCCACCAUCUCGAUAUCGCGUGCUUCUUCCGCGGACCGCAAAUAAUCAUCAGCCCAACUUUCACUGGUGCCGAGCCCAACGUCAUCGAUGCCGGACCCUGGAAGGGCACGGCAAUCUUGCACAAGGAGGGAAACAUCGGGUUGAAGCUAAUGCAGAGUUUGACACCUGAGCAGCAAAAGAAAGCGCAGAUUUUUAAGAAUCUCAGGGAUGACGGCAUGAAGCAGACAGGCGAUCUGACAACAGACCGUUGGAACAAAGAUGACCAGCGCCACCUCUGUGGCGCCUUCCGCGACAAUCGCGUCGUUCCGUACGAAGGCGUCACUGCGUCUUCACUCACGCCCGAACAACAGUCCUUCAUCCUCGAAAUCGCGGAGGAGAUGCUGCUAUAUCUACCUACUAAAUCACGACAGCUACGGCUCGAGCAAAUCAAGUCCCAUUUCGACGAAACGUAUUUCAGCUGGAUCGGCGGGUAUGGCGACGACGAUGCGUUCUACUACCGGAUACAGAGUCCAGUGGUAAUCCUGGAAUUUGACCAUCAUUCGGGUGUCUUCUUGAGUAAUACAGAGCCGAAGAAGUUCCAUACGCAUACGAUUGUGAGGACGCCGAAUGCGGGGGAUUAUGGCCAGGCGAUCAGAGAGAAGGAGCAUAAGCUGUAA